AUGAGCGACAAUGUAAAGGAGUAUAGUAAGAGCCUAAAUACUCAAACAGGUAAUAUGUUACUAUCAUUUGGGAAUAUGGAAAAAGUUAUACUUUCGAUAUUGAUCUUCGUCUGCCAUACCCAUCAGAGGCCACAGCUCGAAGUAGACGUAUUAACUACAACCGAGCCGACCGAUAAUACUACCGAAGAGACCAAAAGCUUGGAAAAAAUUUCACAAGUUACGGAAGCCACUGCGGUAACGGUUCAAACUUCCGUUAACUUUUCGUCGUUCAGUCCGAGCGUGGUUUUUGAAGACUUUAAGCCCAGCAAUUAUUAUAGGCCCGAUGGCAACCCUAUAUUUGAAAGGCCUAGUCCGCAAGUCUCUCACGAAGUAGUUUUCCACAAACCUGAAUACUUUGCAAGGCCCAAUAAUCAAGCAAACCAAUUGCCACCGAAAUCCAGAGACAAUAAUGUAAUUUUCCCGCAAGCGACCCAAGAACAUUACUCCCAAUUUUCACAAUUCGAAAACCGAUCUAACGGACCGGAGUCUAGGGGUCCGUAUAAGUUCACCGAAGCCUUACCUCAGCAGCAGUUCAAACCGAUGAAACACGAUUUUGGUGGAGAGCUGCCCACCAGUGCUUACGAUAACAACUUCUACGAAAGGCAUUUUGGAAAGUAUCACGGGAACGAGAUGUCGCAAUAUCCAGACAUAAUACACGAACCGCCUAAAAUCUAUCACAGCGUCACGACGGCUCAUAAAAAAGACCCCUGGAGGAGCAUGCUUAAGGUGUUGGCCACUAUCCUGCCGGUUGGUCUGUUGCUCGCAUCCUUUCCACCAACUGUCAUCAAAGUGAAUUCAACGCAAUACCCUUACCAGUUCCAAAAGAAUUCGACAGCAUACAAUCCAAAUGUUAUUGCCGGGAGGUAUAAGGCAUUGAGAAAGAUGAGCACUGAAUGGAAAACAGACGGAGAAGACAAAUCGCCCGGAUAUUUAGACAAUUGUUUAAAAAAGAAAAUAUGCGAAACCAUAAAGAGCAACUAUUCGCAUAGUCAAUUGGAAACUCUACAGCAAAACUAUAAACUAAAUUGGACCACGGACAAUGGCCCGACGAUGGUGGAAAUCGCAAAAGCGGCCGCAUCCGCAGAGCCGGAAUCGUGUCAAGUAUUCGUUUGCAGUGAUUGAACAAGCUGGGCGUCGCUGUAGCGUUGUUAUGUAUAUACAUUUAUUAUUAUAUAUAGGUACCUACUGUCUGCAAUAAUAAUAAUAAUAAUAAUAAUAAUAAUAUAAUAUACCUGGUAGCGUGUAUAUAUAGGUACACUUUUAUAAUAUCAACACGGUAACCACAAUUUUUAUGUAUACCGAUCAGACCGCGAGAAUUCCAUUAAUGCACGGAAUGCAGACACGUUUUAAUGGCUGGGUAUCGGAAGUUGACUUGGCCCUGGGCGAACUUUCGUUCCGCGAUAGCCAUAAAUAAAUAAUAAUAAUAAAAAAAACCAAAUCUGCUGGAUGAAUUUCGUCUAAGAAUGUGGUUGAUGACACAUUCUUACUUUACGGAUAUCGCUUUCUUUUGUAGCUUUUGACGCGAUUCUCAAUCAUAGACGAAUAGGGCAUCAUACGAUUAAUAUUAUAUUAUACACUUAGAUUAAAUAACGGUAGAUACGUACAAUAUUUUCUAUUACAAAAUUUAAACCAGAUUAAAAUCCAAAAAACGUCGUAUUUACGCUUUAUCUCUUAUACACAUAUAAUUUGACCGGAAUCGAUCAUUUACUGCACUGUACUGGAUGGAUUAUACGUUAUUAUCUUAUACCUAUAAUAGACGUAGAAUAUUGUGUGUGAUUUUUGCACCAUAGUAUAUUUUAUUCGUGUUAAAGCAUUAAAGAUUAAACCAGCUGUUAUUAAUACAGUUCGUAUGGCGUAAUACAGUAAACUCUAUUGGAAAACCAAAAUUAUCGAUAAAAAAAAUAGGUUUAAGGCAUCAUUCAUCAUUGCCGCCAAACUGUCGUAAUAGACUACAUUUUUUUUUUGUAAACUCGAGAUCGUCUCUAACUUCAUCAUUGAUCACAUCUAUUGUCUAAUCAAAAUAUUUCUUAUUACACUGCCAUAACAUAAUUAUAUUAUGACACGACGUCGACUCCAAAAUCCGAAACGAAUAAUAUUCACUUGACACAAAUUUCAAUUUAUUAUAAAAUUAAUAUGUUAUGGUACACUACGCGUCAUACAAUGGCAUGCGGUUGUUGCAAUACAUUUUCAUAUGUAAAUAAAUUCGAUCUCGUCCGCCAGGCGUUUCGAUAAAACGUUUAACGGAGUAUAACGCAUUAUUUUAAUGUAAGUAGCAUGAAAAAGUAAAACCGAAGAGCAACAUGCGCAGACACGCUUAACUGCGAAAUUAAAUAACUCUCCAGCGAUUAUACAUUCCACUCUCUUCUGCAGGCGUUGUAGAUUUAACGUUAUGAUUUAAUAUUUUGUAUAAUACGUAUAGUGCGUACAUUAUGUAUGCUAGUGUAUAUUAAGGUCGACGUUAUACCUUUUAGAAGGUUUUUAAUGAAACGUCCAAUAACUAUUCGCCAAAAUGUACACACCGUAUCAUCAUUCUAUUAUUGCCGAUUAAAAAAUAAAACUGUUGUACUUACCAUGAGUCUCUAAUUGACCAUUUUAAUUAUUUAUAAAAUAUAUUUCGAAAGUUUUAAAAUGUUACGUAGUAUAUCUACGUAAAUCGUACUACCAAUAGUAAUAUAAUAAUAUACUAAUAUAUCCCAUCAUUGACCCUUUUACACAAAGUAUACAUUAUAUAUCGACGGAAUAAAAUAAUUAUUUUGUAAUUGUAUUAUAUUCUUAAUUUUAGCAUAGUGAAGCUUAGUAUUAUACAUAGUAUAGUUAAAACUAGUAUUGGCUUUGAAAAAAAAAAAUGUCUUGAUAAAGUAAGUAAAGUACCUAAGUAUAAAACAUUUCUCGCGUAGUCGUGUAGACUUACGGAUUCAAAAUUGAAUAAGGAUACUUAAUUUUACUUUAAAGAGGUCAGUUACCUGCACCUUAAUUAAAGAUAAAUUUAAAAAAAAAAACGUGAAAAUCGAGGGAGAAUUAAUAAAAAGUUGAGCAGGAUAUACAGAUACUAAAUACUCGUCUCCCUUCAUAUAUCUCGAUGAAAAAUAGUGUUUUUAUAUUAUUUUAGAUUCUGAGCGGAUCGAGGAAACUAUAGUGGUUCGACAAUGGUGUUUAUUUUAUUUUAUUUUUUUUAUAUUGUAUACAAAAUUUCUACCAGAAGGAGUGCUUCGAUUCAAACAUAUUUACAUAUAUCUUAUCUUUUAGGAAAUUGGAUCAAGCUAGUACUUUAAAGAGGUAUUUUUUUUAUUUUCUCAAUAGUAAUUUGUUGGAUAUUUCUUAAUUUUUUUGGAAGCCAAUGCUCAACUUAAAAAAAAUUUGACUAACAAACACAUCCUUGUAAAAUCAAUACAUUCCAUUGCUCAUGAUUAAAAAAAUUAAAACAAUAACCCAUCUUUUGACCAACUUUUCAAUUAUAUACUCACUUCGAUUAAAAUUUUGUAUUAGUUUAAACGGUUUGAAGAUAUUUGGAGAGUGACUCACCUGAUUCAUUAAGGUGUAUCCAUAUUUUUUUAUAAACGUGUACAUUCUGUUAUAUAAUAUUUGAUAAUUAGAGAUCUUAUAUGUUCAGACAUUGAAAAUGGGUAUUUUAUGGUAAAUUAUGCACCCGAAUAGAGAAGAGAGACGAGGAUAAGAGUGGCCACUAUAAUCUAUAUAAUAUAUAGUCCCCGUACUAAGCUUGGGAACUCUGAAUUUUCCGUCUACGAAUAAUAUUUUCUUACUGAUGAUAUUGUCUAUGUAUUUAAGUUUCUAGCAAUGGGUAUCAGCGUCAUUAAUUCAUUUACCUAAAUUUCUAUGACAGUCUCAGAAUAAAUAUCUAUAUUAUGAACUCUAAUGGAUCACGAUUUUAUUUAUUACCCAAUUUCUUCAAUUUAAUACAAUUUUAAGAUAGUCUUGGACUUAUGUAUAUUUCAAUGUCAUUUUUCAAUUUCCUUUUUGUGUCGCUAGGGAUGAUCUUGGUGAAAUUAUAUUUACGGAAAAAGCAUACUAUAUGUAUAAAAUAUACAUUUGUGGGUGUCUUAUAAUCUAAACUAUAUUGAUAUUCUAUAUUCUAUAGUUAAUUAGUCUUGUAAUAUUCGUUAAAAUCUAUUAUAAUUUGGUUGUACAACUUGUACACGUCUUAUACCAUUGUUUUAUGUCUGGUUAUAUAUUAAAUACCAUUAUACCAAAACUGAUAGGUUCUCGAAACAACUUUCUGAAUAUAAUUAUUAUAAAUAGGUACCUAUUUUAUUAUUCUUAAUUAUUU